AUGUCGACCGUGGAGCUGCAAAAACCAGGGCCGCGCAAUGCGACCUUGGUUGGCUUCGUUUCUGAUCCUGACAGCCGCGGCACAGUCUCUCUGCUCUUCUCAUGCAUCUUGACCCUGACUCUCUGUGUCUGGUCCGCUGUCCACUUAAAUUUACCAAAAUGCAAUGAAAAAGAUCUCAAGUACACAUGGAGAUACUUCAAAUGGAGUAUGCUGGGUGUCUUUGGACCAGAGCUUGUUGUAUGGACAGCAUGGCGGCAGUACAUCUCAGCUCGUGCUCUCACAAAGAUGGUCAAAGAGGUUCGCAAACGCCAUGCGAAGAAGAACGUGGAUGCCUCGCAUAAAUGGACGAUGGUGCAUGGAUUCUAUGCCGGAAUGGGUGGAUUUGUUUUCGAUAUGGAGAGUCCUGACCUGUCUAGAGGUCGUCCUUUCAUAUCGCAGUGGCGUCGCCUUCAUGUUACACCUCAUGGAGUCCAGCUUCUAACUGAAUGUGGCUUGCUCCCGGAUAUCAGACGCGAAGAUAUUGUGGAUAAAAGUAAGACGGAUGCGACAGGGAAGUUUAUUUGCUGCAUUCAAGCUGGUUGGAUGUUAUUCCAAGCUGCUACCCGUGUGGCAGUAGGGCUUCCGGUUACGCCGCUUGAGAUCAAUACCAUAGGCCACGUCCUUUGCGCCCUGGCAACCUUCAUACUGUGGUGGCACAAGCCCAGGUGGGUUUGUGAGCCGACUAAGCUCAGUGGAGAAUGGACUCGAUGCAUAUGUGCAUUUAUGUACAUGUGCAGCCAGGCGAGCGCGGAAACCAGGAGAGACCGGGAUAUUCUCCGUGACUUUGGCGUCAAGAGUGAGAUAUCCAAGGUGCUGUAUACGCCAUGCAUUGAACCUGACGAUCAACAGACUCCAGUCAAAGAAGAAAUCAGGACACACCAAUACGGCUCCCUCGUACUUCGUACAAGCCUUCCGACCAAUAUGUAUACUAUGGUUCAGGAGUUGCCAGGGUCAGCAAAGGAAAAUACCCCCCAAGAUGCAGCGGAAACCGAGAUGCAGCGGUUACGAUGGAAACUUGUUUGUGAGGCCGUAGAGCGGUUUCCGGCCAUCCAACUCCGCCUAGAACAAGGUGAAUUCUACAAAGAUGAGUCGAAAUACCGUGAAGCCCUUCGACUUUACCCAGAAAUGCCCCAGCGAGUCAAAGAAAAGUUUCGCCCGAAACCGUCGCAAAACAGACCGACAUCCCAAGAGGCCCCUCGCGCAUUUAUGCCCAAGGAGUUAGUGAUUGACCAUCCCCGAAAUUGGCCUGGAGAUGACCUACUACGGCAAGUGCCAGGUCUCUUCAUGGGCUUAACGUUGUGGGUUGUCAGCAUGGCAUUUGGUGCUGUGCAUGUGGCAGGCUGGCAUGACGAGUUUCCUUCCAGUCUAGAGUCAUGGUUAUGGAGAAUUUCUUCCAUCUACAUAGUCUCAAGCGGUUUAUUGUGGUCUCUGAUUCAUAUCUUGGCUCACACAUCGCGGUCGGUCUGGUGGUACUGGUAUGAUCUUCUUGCUGGACAAGAGCGCAGACCUAGCCAUGUUAUCAUUUUUGUUCUAUGCGCUCUAGGUGGAAUCUCCUACAUAUUUUCCAGGCUGUAUCUAGUGGUGGAGGCUUUCAUAUCACUACGGGCAUUACCGGCUGAUGCAUAUCUCUGUCCUUCAUGGCUACUGUCAAUCCCUCAUCUAUAG